AUGUUCGGCAUGAUGGGUAUGGCGCGCAAUGCGCUCCUUCCAAGAAAAUUCCGCUUCAUUAUUGAGUAUGCUGAUAGCGAGCCCAAUGCGAUUGUGGAAAUGAUCAGCCGGUCCUGCCCUAGUUUGUGUGGGGCACAGGCUGCCACCGCGACACGGUGGCUUCCUUCAGGUCAUGCGCAGACCAUUUGGAGCAGUGUCGCAGAUUUUUCUGAGGUGGAUAAGGUUGAAUAUAAGCGUAAAGUAAUUAUGGUACCAGAUGGUGGUAUCCUCUCUAUUGAUAUGGCGCCUGUGUCGCUAGCUGACCCUGCUCCCGACGACACACGCCCGACGGUGGUGAUUUUGCAUGGGUUGACUGGUGGUUCCCACGAGAGCUACGUGCGCAAUUGUGUUUCAAAACUUUCCAAACCAAAAGAAGAGGGCGGUCAUGGUAUGCGAUGCGUCGUUGUCAAUUUCCGCGGCUGUGCGAAUACGCCCUUGACGUCAGCGCAGCUGUAUUCGGCCUGCAAGACCACCGACUUCUCGUCCGCUUUGCUCUUAUUAACACGCAUGUUCCCUCAGUCCCCUAUGGUUGCCAUGGGUUUCUCGCUAGGAGGUGCCAUUUUGGCUAAAUACAUGGGCGAAGCAGGAUCUCAUACGCCUCUGAUUGGCGCUAUUACAGUAGGGGCACCACUUGAACUGGACACGACGGCAAAGGCCCUUGAAUCAACUUAUAUUUCGAUGAUGUAUGCAUAUGCACUGGGUUCCAGCCUUAAUGCGCUGGGGAGAAAGCAUUUGGAUACUUUGGCCUUGUCGCCCGAUCUUUGGGACGCACUCGAAAUGGCGUUCCGUACUAAAAUACAUCCGGACAAGAAACGACCUGUGUCUAAGUACAAGGGGCGCGACCCCAAACCCGGCACGCUACGUUUCAUUGAUCACAUCAUCACAAGUCGGGUUGGCGGUCUGCCGACGCCGUAUGGCAGCUUUCCCUAUCCAUCAGCGGACGCGUACUACGCACACAGCAGUCCCUUGCAUCUACUGCAUAAGGUCGCUCGGCCCAUGCUGGCUCUGAAUGCGGAUGAUGAUCCCGUGGUACCACACUCUACACUCCAACAUAUGAUCAAGAACAUUCAAAGCAGUCCGAAUGUGGUGCUUGCUCACAGUCGUUGCGGUGGUCAUCUAGGUUGGUUUGCGGGACCGUCAGGCGAGCGUUGGAUCUAUCAACCUAUUGGGGAGUUUGUGGAUGCGCUUUGUGACACAUUUGCCCAACAUGCCAGCAAGAACAACCAGGGCCUGGGGUCGGGAGGGCCGCGUAUGAGCCCGUGGAAGACAGGCUGCAUUGACAAGCGUAUGGUGCAAGUAGAGCUGCUCCCUGUAUCUGCAUUGCCUUCGAUAUUAGGCCAGCAAAGUACCACCACAGCCACGACUCCAGACAACGAACCUAUCAUGCCAUGGCUCAAGACGCAUGUGCUGAAGCAUAUGCCCCUUGUUCACCCUAAGGACUCUCCUCGAGCCACAGAGCAGGUGCCUGAAGGAGAAAUUCUUUCGCUACCGUUGGUACGUUUUGAUACACUCAUGUCUCCAGUACAGCGAAUCUUUGCAUCCUGA